CUCGUCGACCGGCUGUUGGCUGUUGUGUGCCCUGCCCGCCCUGCUCCUGCGCAUGCGACUCACCCAUUGCUAGGGACUAACUUACUGUUCUGCGCAGUUGUUCAAUCAUCAUCCUCCUUCACCAUUCUUGACCGACUCAAUCAUCAUCACUAUCAAUUCUCACCUUCGCCACUGCUUUUCAGCUCAUAUCAACUGAGCUCUACAUCUUCCACCGCGUCCGAGACCUUUUCCUUUCUCGCUCGCUGAAGCAUCAAGGCCAACCCCCGUGGCAGUACUCGGUGCAGUGUCUUAGCCACAUCCACACUAAACUACCCCGAAAAGGUGCUUUUCCUGACAAUCAUCUCUCAACCUCUUUUACACCAUCUCGUCGUAACCUUUCUUCCUUUACCCAUCUUCGCGCCCUAUCAUCCUCUCCAACCAUCCCGGACCUCCCGAAUCCAACUGCUGCCUCGCAUACCAUCAUUAUUGCCAUUCUCUAGACUUCUUAUCUGACCAAGACCGCAGCAGCCACCAUGGCUGAAAUCCGUCGCAAGCUUGUCAUCGUUGGUGAUGGUGCCUGCGGAAAGACCUGUUUGUUGAUUGUCUUCUCCAAGGGCACAUUCCCUGAGGUCUAUGUGCCAACUGUCUUCGAGAACUACGUUGCGGAUGUCGAGGUCGAUGGGAAACAUGUUGAAUUGGCUUUAUGGGAUACGGCAGGUCAGGAAGAUUACGAUCGUCUCCGACCUCUGUCCUACCCCGACUCUCAUGUUAUCCUGAUCUGCUUCGCUAUCGACUCUCCCGAUUCCCUCGAUAACGUUCAAGAGAAGUGGAUCUCCGAAGUCCUCCAUUUCUGUCAAGGCCUCCCUAUCAUCCUCGUCGGAUGCAAAUGCGAUCUGCGACAUGACCCCAAGACUAUCGAAGAGCUGGCCAAGACAUCCCAGAAACCCGUUACACCAGAGCAGGGCGAGGAGGUUCGUAAGAAGAUCGGCGCCUACAAAUAUCUCGAAUGCUCGGCCAAGACCAACCAAGGCGUCCGUGAAGUCUUUGAGUCGGCCACUCGUGCGGCCUUGUUGACCCGGAAGAGUGGAAAGAGCAAGAAGUGCUUGAUCUUGUAAACAAGCGGCUGAACUUUCAGCGACAGAACAUGAUGGACUCAUUAGCUCCCCCGACUUUAUACCAGGAUAUCACCAAACGGGUGCAAAUAUCCAUCUACGACCGCACUUGCCCUUGUUCUUGCUUCGACACAGGUCCGGUUCGGUGGCUUGGUCGUGCUGCUUUGUCGGCGCUGAUACAUUAGUUUUGUUUUCUUAUCGAGCGAUGGAUGGGUUGAUGGUUGAUCGCAAUCAAGAUGAGAAUUGCGCAGAGGCUAUGGAUGGGCAAGCUCGGAUGGUACUACAAAGCAUGACGGCGUUCUACAGUCGAGACAUGUCGAGUCAUCAAUCGAAAUAGGAAAUCCAUACACGGCGUUGUGUCCUCAGGGCUUUGGGUUCCCCUUACAAGCACUAAUCUCCCUUUCCCAAAUUGCACUCUCUGGACUAGACAGAUCCUCAAACUAAGCAAUGAAACGGACUGCACUUUUAUCACUCCACAGACACACUUUCCAUACGACUCGGCAACUACUACCCUGUGAUCUGGCUGUUU